CGCGCUGCUGUGGCCGAUGCGUCUGACGGAGCGGGGCACCACACGUCGGUCCAGGCUCACUGCUGCUGCUGGUCGGACUUUAACGUCUCACCACGUGAAUCCUCUUCGUUUGUUUCCUUCUGGAUCAAUAAUCGGCCAUUGAUCUCGCGUCGGUUGCUGUUGGUAUGCGUCCACAUCGGUGUGUGUGAGAUCGCAGCAUGGAGUCAGUCCGGGCAGAGAUGUGGGACCCCCGCCCCCCAUCUAAACAUGCCUCGCCCCUCUCCCAGCCAGCGCCCUCCUACUCGCGCCUCGCCACAGUGACCACAGCCACCCCGGCCAAGCGGAUCACCUUCUAUAAAAGCGGCGACAGCCAGUUCGGGGGCAUCAGGAUGGCGGUCCACAAGCGCAGCUUCAAAUGCUUCGACGCCCUGCUGGACGACCUUUCCCAAAAGGUGCCCCUGCCAUUUGGCGUGCGCACCGUGACCACUCCCCGUGGCACCCACGCCAUCAAACACCUGGAGCAGCUCCAGGAUGGCGGCUGCUACCUCUGCUCUGACCGGCGGCAGGCUAAGCCAGUCAACAUGGAGAUAGCCGGCAAACGGCAGAACAUGUGGUACCAUCACAGCCACAAGCCCCAUCGGCCUGAAACCCUGUCUGCAACACCGCCCGGCCACACGCCUUACAGGCAGCGACGGAUCCUGCUGGUAAAGAACAGCGAGCCGGGGAUGAGGAGGAGCGUGGUGCUCAGCAGGAGGUCAGCCAGGAGCCUGAGGGCCUUUCUUGAUGAGGUGUCCGAGGUGAUGCAGUUUCAUGUCCGCAAACUCUACACUGCAGAGGGACGCAGGAUUGACAGCGUGCAAAGCCUGAUGACUUGUCCCGGCGUGUUGGUGUGUGUCGGCCGGGAGGCCUUCAGUCCAAUGCUGAUACAGUUUAUCAGGAAGAGCUCAGAGGAGAAACUGCCUUGUCUGGGCACCAAGUCACCUAGUCUUGGCCCCAGGACGCCUGGAAACGGGGCUCGAUCCCCUGCUACUCAAGGUGGAAGAUCCCCACCUCAUGGAGCUCAGUCCAGAGCCAGUCAGUACAGUGAAGGGCAUGAAAGCAAGAAAAACGUUAACUUUGGUUUGGAAACCAAAAAGAGCAUCAUCCACCCUCGCUCGGACUCCUCAACCCGCUCCGCCCGGUUCUCCUUGUCCUCAGAGAAGUCCUACAGCAACGGCGUCAGCGCCUAUUCCCAGGCCAGACCGGAUGUUUCCAACGAAGACAUUGAAAAGCGGGUCUUGGUCAACAAAGACGGCAGCCUCUCAGUGGAGAUGAGGGUGCGUUUCCGCCUCCAGAAUGACGAGACCCUCCAGUGGUCCACGCAAAUUAAGAGAUCCCCAUCUCUGACCAAUGAAUGCUGUCCAUUGGGCCAGGCCCCGCCCCAUUACCUGCAGCAGGCUCAGUCAGAGAGCUGCUCCGACCCUGAUUCCACAUCCUUCGACCCAGAGGGCGUGGAGGCCCUGCAGCAGGUUUCGGAUGGGAGCCACUGCCCCUGCUGCCACCAGAGACAGGAACAGCAGUACGACUUGUGGGAAAACCCAGCACACAGCCACCAACGCCAUCCUGUCCCUCCCCAGCAUACAUCCAGGCAAACCCACACUGUGCUGAGGCAGACGCACUCCUCGAGCUCCUCCUCGUCAGGUAACUCCAGGAGGGUGGUGCGGUGUCGAGCGCGACUCUCCAGUUGCGGAGGAGGCUCGGGUUCAGAGCAGAGCCAACUGGUCCAAGAGGAGAUGUGUGUCACUGAGCAGGUUGAGCGUAGAGUUAAGGUGGAGCAGGACGGAGACACCCGUGUGGAGGUGUGCAGAGUAAGCCGGUGCUGCAGCCGCAGUGAGGUAGUUUCCCGCAAGUCAGUCGAGGAUGAGCUGAUGGUGGACGAAGGGGGCGAACGUCCACUGUCUGCAGUCAGCAGCUCCUCUCGUGUCCUGCAGUCACUGAAAGAGGACCAGGACGAUGACUUGCCACCAAGCGCCUCACAAUGCAGUCAUCGCAAUGAACCGUCCCCAUCCCAAACAUCUGAGAUUCACCAGGAUGACAAACCAGCAAGUAACAUGUCUGCAGGUUCUGGGUGCUCUACAGAACACGCCAAGCAAAAGGGCAGGGAAGAGACAGGAAGCAGGGCAGUGUCGGCAGCCUCUUCCUGUCACUGCGGAGCGGCCACCCCACACUCAGCAGCCGGAGCAGAGGAGGUGGACGGAGCUGCCAGCUCCAGAAUGAGCAGAGCCUCCUGCCGGUCCAGCAAAGCCAAGAUCCCAGCCUCAGAGGAAGAGGGAGCUGCAGAUGAUGAGGAUGAAGAGAUAAGGAGGGUUGUGAGUGGCCUGUCUGGUUGCACAGGACUGUCAGGAGGCUCCAGUGCAUCCAGUGUGUGUCAUAACUGUGGAGGCUGCAAACGUGGGGUCAGCUCUGUUUCCAGUAGUAGAGCAUCACAGAGGUCCCAACAUCCCCCCCGAGCCUCUCCAAAGCCUGACACCCCUCUCUUCACCCAAGAGAACGCCAGUAAUGGCAGCGAUGACGACGGCUCGGAUGGGUCAGCCGAGUCAACACAAUCCAACAAGACCAACCUCACUGCCCAUGGCCGCAUUUCUGCGAUGUCAAACGUCCAGGAGGGCAGAGCAUCGAGCUCUAUGUCUGGGGCAUCAGAUCUUGAGGCGGUGGGAAAAGAAGAAGAGAGGGCUCCUAGCGCGGCCUCAGCCGUAAGUCACAAGUCCAGUAGAUCACACAAGUCUGGCUGUAGUGGAAUCGAGCAAAAAGAGGAGGAGAGAAGCCCCAGUGCCACGUCGGCCAAGUCUCACAAAUCCACCUGCGGCUGCACAGGUGAGGCGAGAGAGGAAGCAGAGGGAGAUGAUGCUGUGGAGAGAGCACUGAGCUCUUUGUCAGCCAAAUCUGGUGCUUCUUCCAAGACCAAUGCCUCAGUCAAGUUAGGUAUUAAGGUCGCCACACCAACUGACGACACAGCUGUGGAAGAGGAUGAGACGGACAAAAGAGCUCCCAGCGCGCUCUCUGUUAAGUCCUGCAAGUCAAAAAGGCCUGAUAGUGCCAUGUCGGCUAAAUCCGCUAAGUCAGCUAAAUCAAAUGUGUCAGCAAAGUCCGGCACAUCUCAGACGUCCACCUGCAGUCAUUGUGUAAAAGCAGUUUCUCCAGAUGCUAAUGCAGCUGAUGAGGCUGUCGCGGAGACAACAGGACAGGAAGAGGCAGUGGAGGUGGAGGAGAGAGCAGCGAGUGCCCUGUCAGCCAAGUCCCAUCUGUCUGCCAAGUCCAAUAAAUCCAGUAAGUCCAGCAAAGCUUCAGAGAGGUCACCCUCUCCCCGACCAGAACCCGGAGGAGAUCUAGAGAAAAGGGCAACAAGUCAAAUGUCUAGCAGGUCAGUUAAAUCUAACGCGUCCGCUAAGUCUUCAAAGUCAUGCAAUGAGACUGCAGCCUCACCAAGCUUAAAGGUAGCUGAGGAGAAAGAGAGUGAGGGAAAUGAAGAGAGGGCCGCCAGUGCAGCGUCUUCUAAAUCUCAUAAAUCUGACUGUAAUGAGAACGCAGGAGCAAGUUCUGAAACAGGGGACAAUAGAGACGACGGGGACGAAAAUUUCUCUCCAGCCCAAGAACCAACAGCGACAGCGGUGGAGGACAGAACCCCCAGUGCCAUGUCGGGGAAAUCGCACAUGUCUGCCAGGUCCUCCAAGUCCCACAAGUCAAACCGAACCACAGCGUCUCCAAGUCCAAAUGAAGCCGAUGGUCCCUCUGUUGAGACAAAUGAGGGAGAGCAGGAAAAUGUAGAGCGAGGUGCGAGUGCCUUGUCUGUAAAGUCAAAAUCUUCCCACAGGUCAAAUGCCAGCAAGAAAUCUGGGUCAUCAAAUCCAAAUAUUGUCACCAUUAACAUAACAGAAGGAGCUGACAAGGAAGGAAAUGAUGCAACGGAGAGAGCGCCGAGCGCCGCGUCGGUUAAAUCAGGCAAAUCUCGUGUUUCGUCUGCCUCAUCACGCAGGUCCAAUUGUAACGGAGCAGCUGAUGCAGACGAGGAGGUUGCGGAAGAAAGUGCACCAAGCACAAAAUCUUCUAAACACUCUCAUGGUCAAACUCUCUCACCCAGGAGGUCCCCACAGACCCAGUCACCCAAAGCUCCAGCUACACCCCCCAGCAGUCCUCAAUCAACUGGCCAACAGUUGUUGCCUGGUCCUGCUGUUGGAGAGACGAGAGGACCCAGUGCCUUGUCAGUUCACUCCAUCAAGUCAUCCAAGUCUGGCAAAUCCAAGUGUAGCUGUGGAGCCACUUCAGCAAAGAAAGAAAAGGAAGAAGAGGAGAAAAGGGAAGAUAACGAGGAACCUUCUGAGCGGGCUGCCAGCAUCCUCUCAUCCUCAACCAAAAGACAGAGGAGAGAAUCGGGAGGCACCGAGCAACCACUCAGUCGAAACUCCUCAGGGUCAGUCUCCCUCGGGCUGCCGGAAGACCACGAAACAGCUGACUCAGACAGCGGCAAGUCCAGUGCUUCUUUUCACGUGAACACUGAGAUGAAGUCCCAAGUAAAGACUCCCGAUGUCCCCAAUAGGAACUUGGAGGGAGGGGGCUCUGCCAUGUCUAAAAAGUCCAACAAUAAUGGCAGUAAGUCUCACAAUCUUCCGGCAGUCGAUAUCCCGACUAUUGAAACACCAGGAGAAGAAGGUGGGGAGCAAAAAACAGCCAGAGCAGCCAGUGCAGUUUCAUCAAAAAGCAACAGGUCUCACAAGUCUUGUCGCAACUGUGGCGUCAAAGCAGCGGCUCAAACGCUUGACGUUAAUCCUAAAGAGCAACAUGCCAGCAGCAGCAGCACCAAAGCAGGAGCUGACCUCGAAACAGGAAGUGUGAAGUCCGAUUCAACAACAAAAGCUAGCCACAAGACCUCAUCGGCAGGCGCUGAAGUUCGCAGCAAAUCAAGAGCUAGCAUUAAAAAUGCUAAUGCAGCCAAAACGACUGCUGGAGAUUCGGGAAAUAAUGACUCUGAAAAGCAGGCGGUCAGCAGACCAGCUAGCGAGGCCAGAGAGAAAGACGACGGUGCCCCCUGUCUGCGAGCCAGCUCCAGACCAUGCAGCAAAGUGGAGACAUGCAGCGACAGCAUCCUGUCUCACUCUCUGUCUGCUGCCGACCUGCUGAAGGAAGUCUUAGCUGCGGCGCGUCCACACAGCCGACAUUCCAACGCCAGCAAAAAAAGCGACAAGCCCAGGAGCGAGAAAAGUCGCAGAAGCAGGCACCAGCUGGAUCAGGAGGAGCCAAGACUGACGCCUGCCUGUCUGCCCAACGCUUCGCCCAACGAGGUCGUCAGCGACUGGCUGCGGAGCAUUCCCGCCGACAGCAGCAUGCUAGAACCGAGCGAUGAGCUGCACGUGGAAGAGGGGGAGACGGCGGUGGAGGAGAAAUCUGGAGAAGAGGCAGCAAAGGAGGAGGAGAGUCCCGGAGAUGAGAAAGUGGAGGAUGAGGUGGAGAAAGUUGAGGCUGAGGAGGAGAAAGAAGCUGAGGAGGAGAAAGAAGCUGAGGAAGCAGAAGAGGAGAAGAGUUCAGAUCCAGCUCCAGGUGAUGCCGAGGAGACGGGUCCUCGCCCCCUGUUGAGGGAUGAGACUCUGCCCAGGAACUGGCACUCUUCAGCUGCCGUGAUGAAAGUCCUGCUGAGCUCUUCUACAGGUCGAUGUCAGAGCAUGCCGGAGGUGUCUCCAGUUUACGGUCGUAGACUAAGCACAUCAGCCAGGGGCUUCUUGGACUGUCUGGCCCAGCUCCAGCUCAUCGACCCCGGCUGCAACCAGGAGAAGGACCGCAGCCAGCGCUACGAUGAAAUAAUGACCAUCCUUCAGUCCCUCUGGCUCACUGAGCCCAGGGACUUUGAUGCCAAGGAGGCAAAGGAGGUCGGAAAAGAUCAGGUGACUCCGCCGAGGUCGUCAUCCGGGGUGGACAUGAGCAGUGGCUCUGGCGGAUCAGGGAAGGAGAAUGGGAAUCAAGGUGGAGAUGAAACGGAGCAAAACAAAGCAAAUGAGGCAGGAUCGUUACAGGAGGAGGCUGGAGAGGAGGAGGAGAAAGCUGAGGCAGAACCACAGGAAGUCACGACAGACUUAGCCGAGGAACAGGUGCAGAGUGAAGAGCAAAGUACAGUUCUGGACAGCCCCAAAGCCACUGAGAACCCCUCGUCAUCGGACAAGAGCUCCGCUAACGACAGCUCCAAAUCCCCCACCGAUAACGAACGAGAGACGCCAGAGGACUCCAGCUCAGGCACGCCGCCAACUGUCCUACGAGCGCCUUUGUCAAAAAAGCCCUCCCAAGACCCUGAUCCGGUGUGGAUCCUGCACCUCCUGAAGAAGCUGGAGAAACAGUUCAUGAGCCACUACGUCGACGCCAUGGCAGAGUUCAAGGUUCGCUGGGACCUAGACGACAGCCUCAUCCUGAACACCAUGAUGUCUGAGCUGAGGGACGAGGUGAGCCGGCGCAUCCAGAGCAGCAUCGAGCGCGAGAUGAGGAAGAUUCAGAGUCGUGCCGGCAGACUGGGGAGGUCGCCCCAGCCGCCGAAGGGACGGAACCUGUCCGGGGACUCCACCACGACGGAGAAGAGGCGUCAAAUGCUGAGGGUCAUGAAAAAACAGUCACUGAAAACGGCUGACUCUCUCAGCGACGGAGAGACGACGGGAGACUUCAGCGACCAGCGGAGCGAGGACGAGUACUGCCCCUGCGAUGCCUGUGUCCGCAAGAAAAUGGCCGCCCGGCCUCUCAAGACGAACCCGCUGGCGGCCGAAGCGCCAGUGAUGAUGGAGUUCGACCUCCUGAAGAUCCUGCAGCUGAAAAAAAGCCCGGCGCCUGCAGUUGAUCCACCAGCACCUGUGGAGGAGGAAGGUGACAGCUUGUUCGAGGACAAGGAGGUGAAGAGUUUAGAGGUGUUGCAGGAGGAAGAGGAGGAGGAUGAAACCAAAGAGGAUAUCAGAGCUGCUAUUGUUUUAGAAGAGACGAUCCCAGAGGAGGAUGAGGAGGACAUGGAGGGGGAGAAAGAGGAGAGCAGCGCGGGCGACGAGGAGCAGAAUGAGGGAGAAUCAGGCGGUGAGGAGGCCGGGGAAGAGGAGACAUCUGAACAUGGAGAGGAGGAGGAGGAAGAGGAGGCACAGUGUCAAUGCCAGUGUGCUGGAGCUGAGGAGGAAGAAGAGGAUGCUGAGGAAACCAGUGACAACACGGGUGAGGAUGAGGCGGCAGGUGAUGAAGAGAGCGCAGAGGCUGAAGGGGAGACCGGAACUGGGGAAGAGGAAGAAGAGAGUGACAAGGAGACAGUGAGAGAAGUGACAGCAGGUGAAGGAGAGACGACUGAAAAUGGUGAAGGUGAGGAGGAGGAGGAGGAAGCAGGGGGGGAAGAGUGUGAGGUGUCUGAUUCUAAGCCUGAAGAAGAAGAAGAAACAACAACCGGCAAAGAAAGUGGAGAAGAAGAGCCGUCUGGGGAUACGGAGGACGACGACUCUGCGAAAAAUACCGCAAACGAAGGGUCCCCGCUGGCGGAGGAGUCCGCCGAGGGAAACGUCAGCGCUUCGGCAGAGGAUGGGGACGAAGAGGACGACGGCACCGGAGAGGGGGAGUCGAAUGAAGACACACAGGGAGGAGAGAGUGACCAGCAGGAGAGGGAGGCAUCAGGAGAGGAAACAGCCUCACCUCAGGGGGUGACCGAGGGAGAGGAGGCCGACGGUGAGGACUCCGACACCGACUGCAAACGUCCAAGUGACACCAGCGCCGAUGAAUCAGGACAUGGCGGCACUGAAAACGAGGAGGAGAAAGAGAGCGGAGUCGAGGAGGAGGAGGCCGCGGAGGACACUGUCGAGGAGAAGGAAGAGGUGAAGAAGAACAAAAAGGAGGAUUGCGCUCUGCUCCAUCAGUUCACCAGGACCUCCGUGGAGUCUCAGCCUGGCUCCUUGGAGGACAUCGGCACAGAAUCACCCCAUCACCCCGUGGACUCCAUAGAAGUGCCCAAAAUGGCUGCUGACGACGUGUCCAGCGGCGGCGGUGCCGGCCAGAGGAGGAGCCGGUCGCCAGGUAGGGUCAAACGGCGCAAACCCAAGGAGUGCGACGUGGAGCUGGAUGACAUUUAACUCUCACAGACUCCAUACUGUGCAUUCAGAGACGUCAGAGGACUCUCACAAACCCCACAUGGGUACAAUUAUGUAGGGUAAAAAAAACUGUCACCGAAAACACUUGAAGCACUUUAUCGCUCCGAAUCUGGUGUAGUUGGAGUUACGUGUAGAAUACUGAAACUUGAAAUCACCACCUUAUCCUAUUUAAUUAUAUUUGCUAUGGUUAUAUCUUUAUUUUUUUAAGUUAAUUGUGUGUAUGAAGGGGUGCAUAUUUAUCUUCUGUAUAUGUAUAAGAUGACACCCGUGGGUGUAUCAUGUGAACUCAUGUUUGUGUUCAGUGGCCCACAGGUUUAAUGAUUUAUUGAAUCACAUAGCCAUUAAUAUAUGAAGUACCUCAAAGAUAUGUUAGAACUUAGAUCAGGUCAGUUAUUAUUAUUUUGGUCUCAUGCUGUAUCCUCAGGGAUUUGGACAGCCAGUUUGCUUUUUAAAAGGUCAUCUCCUCACUAGUAGGCUACUUAGGCUCUCUACCUGCUUAAAUCUGUAGUCUUUAAAGGAGACUUCUGUUUUAAAUCUACUAACACUCUGUGAUGUAACCUGAUUACCUUAAAGGAAUAGGUUGUUAUGUCGUUAUUCUCAGUUAGGUGAGAGGAUUGAUACUAUUGUCAUGUUAAAGGUUGCGAUAUGUAAGAAUUAGCCACCUGUUGAAUUCAUACUCCAAAUAUAACUGUUAGCUCCGUUAGCUGUGCAGCUAGCUGGACUGCUAGGGGAGUCUUGGUGUUUACGCUGCUAGCACACUAACUUCAUUUGAUACCUUUUAGAUGUUUUAAACUAACAUAUUAUACCUUUUAAAUAUGAAGCUAUAAGACAGGAGACUGUCUUAGCUUAGCUUAGCUUAACUUAGCUUAGCCUAACUCUGUCCAAAAGUCACAGAACCCCUUGUUUACUGUUUGUACAUGUUGUGCAAAAAAAAAAACAAAUGGUAAAAAUCACUACUUGUGGUAUAGGCUAGGCUACACGGAGUUAUGUGCUGUGCUAGGCUAUAUUAGCCAAGCGUAGUUACUUCUUUUAAUGUUAGCAUGAGGUUGCCAUGACACAUUCAUCAAGUUAAGUAGUGAACCUUAACAGUUGCUAGAGUUUUUAACCCCUGGACAGAGCUAGGCUAGCUGUUUCCUCUUUUCUCCAUGCUUUAUACCAGCUAAGCUAAGCUAAGAUAAUUAACUCAUAUUUAGCAUAAACAACACCAUACAGCGGAGGCAUUCAGUUUAAUUAAUUAGGUUUAAAGGUGUUGGCAGAGGAAUUUGUUAGCUUUGGACCUUUGUACAAAGCCAGGCUAGCUGUUUCCCUCUGUCUUUAUGCUACGCUAAGCUAACCAUCUCUUGGCUUUAGCUUCGUAUUUAGUCUUGAGCGUAAACAAUUUUCUUAUGUAAGUCUUUGCCAGAAAGUUAUGUAACUAAAAAAAAAAA